AUGGAUCCACUGGCGAAAGUUUCGAUACUUUCGCCGUUGGCAAUGCUCCAACUUCAUCACCACAAACCAAAAAAGACUUGGAUACGCAGGUACGCUAUUUAUCACUGAUAUUUUCCCCCUCGCUCCUCGAUGCCUGCGUGUACUAGUGGUUAGCGCGCGCGCCUGUGGAUUACACCGCGUUUUGCAACCCGGGUUCGAUCCCGGGUGCCCGCGGAAGUUUUUUUCUUUUUCUAGUUUGUUGUUCUGCUAAUUGUUAUUGUUGUGAUAAAUCACCUAACACCUGCUCUUGGCAACCAAUUUUUUUUCUGUUUUUUCGUUUUUUUUCUUCAAAAAUCUGAGACGAAUCCAAAUUUGUUGACCAAAAGUAUAGGAUUACCCCCAUCCCACAUUUUCUUCUCUUGUUUUUUGAGGAGCAAAGAAAAAAUCGCUGAAAUUUUUGCUGGGAGAUUUUUUAAUCCAAACAAUCAGUUUCACUUGUCAAAAAAAAAUGCUAAAACUUUGUUUUUUCCUCUUUUUUUUAAGCUGAAAACUGGAGAAGUUUGUUGUUUUUUGUAUUGCGAGAAUUUAUUGGAAAAACAAGCAGCGAAAUUUGUUGCACGCCUAGUUCAGUGGUAGCGCGCCCCGCUGCCGAUUGAGAACCUUUUGGUUCGAUCCCCCAUGCUGACUGAAAUUUUUUUUCGCGAUUUAAUUUCCGCUGACAUUUCGUCGCUGCUGACAAAAUCGAAUUAGUAUAGGUGACUUUUUCGCGCGAAUUUUCAAAAAUUCAUGUAUUCUUCUUCUUUUUCUUUUCAAAAAGUACUAUUUUUCUUUUUUUUUUGUUGAAAAGGUGUUAUUUUCUAGCUCAUUUCAUCGCCCCAUUUCAUCGCAAAAAUUGAAUUUCGUCUGAAAACUUCUAUCAUUUUUUGUCCGUUUUCGUUUUGUUGUCAACAAAAAAAAUGGGCUGCUGCCCAUGUAAGAUUGGUCCCCAGGGGAACCCGGGGAAAAAGGAAGAUGGCUAUUUUUGUGUUGGCGUCAAAUUGUAUAGAGCUGGAAAGGGGGGGGGAGUACUGUAGGUUUUGGCGCCAGAAAAACAUAAGCUUGAAAUUUUCUAUCUCAAUUUUUCAAAAAAAUAUGUUUCCACGUGGAUUUCAGGGCCCUUUGAAGAAAUUUCUGGAAAUUUUCCAAUUCGAAAAAUUUUCGAACAAAAAUUGAAACCACGUGGAUUUCCUGGGCCCUGAACUUAAAUUUCUUGAAAUUCUGAAUUCAAAAAACCUUGCCACGUGUCUUUUUUCCGGAAGUUUAAGCUCAAUUUGCCACGUGGAAAUUCAGAAUUUUUAAAAUUUAAAGCAAUUUCUGCCACAUGGCGAUAGAUCUUCAAAAAUUUCCACAUUGUGCCACGUGGAUUUUCAGCGCUGAAAAUUUGUUCUGAAAAUUAAUUUUGAGCACUUUUUCAUCAAAUUGUGCCCGUGGCAAAUAAUCUUUCAAAAAAGGUAGAUCAAUAUUUGGCUGCUCGCUGAGUAUCUAAUGUUCUACGUGGAUUUUCAGAGCUGUAAAUUUGUUGUUAAUAAAAUUAUGGAAUUUUCAGUUUUUUCUCUAGAAAUUCUGAAUUUCAGCACAAAAUUUGUGCUUUUUUUUCUUUUUUCCAGUUGCACACGUGAAAUUUUCGAACUUUUUCCAAGAAUUUUUUCCCCUUUCGAACAUGAAUAAUUCUUUGUAGCGGAAGCAAAUUUGAGAAGUCUAUUCAAAAAAUUUUGCGACUGACAAAAAACAUUUUUUUGCUGAACUUUUUUUUUUUUUUUUGAAAAAAAGGGACCUUUAAAUUCAAUUUUUUCUCGUUGAAAUCUAAUCUUUUCUCGUUUUUUUUCUCUUUGAGAAAAAAUUGAAUGAAUGACGAACUUUUCUUCAGCUUCAAACAUCAAGGGGAUCCAGCUUAAUGGAAAAAAAAAGUUUUGAAUUACACGCAGGAAAAAAUCUGGAAAUAUUUUCAGACAAAAAAAAGAAGCGGGCGGAUACAAGUAAUUUUCCCCCAGACGAUGUUUAGUUUUUUCUGAAUGUGAGCAAAAUUUUCCUCGAGAAAAAUGUGCAAAAAAUAUUUUUUCAUAUUUUUUUUUGAGCUAAUUAAUUUGGAUGAUUCAUUUUUGCAUAUUUAUUUUAUUUUCGAAAAAACAUAAUUUUUCUCCGGUUUUUGGCGCCAAAAUUUGAGAUUUUUGCAGUUCGGGGUACUGUAGGUUUGCAGUUCGCGAUAAAAUUUUGUAGUUUGAGAGUACUGUAGGUGAUUUUCUCUACUGUAAUUCUUAUAGACUCCAAAAGCUUGCAGUUCGGGGUACUGUAGUUCUUCUUGGCUUUCCUUUCAUUUAGAUUACUGUAGUUUCUAAAUUUUUGCAGUUUGGACUUUACAGAUUUUCAGAAUCUUGCAGUUCUGAGUACUGUAGUCUCCUAAAAUUUUCGGAAAUGAGGGUUACUGUAGCUUAUUGAUUACUGUAGCUUAUUGAGCUACAGUACUCCAAACUGCAAAAAUUCCUACAGUGAAAUUUUUUUUGACGUCUAGAAAGUUCUGAAAAUGAAAGAAUUUAUUUGCAGUCCGGGAUACUGUAGCUCCUGAAGGUUUUUGGUUCUAAAUAUUGAAGAUUAUCUUAAAUAUCUUUUUUUGCAGUUCGGGGUACUGUAGCUCAUCUGACUACAGUAUCUUGAACUGCAAAAACUUCUAUCUUUUUGACGUCUAGAAAAAUCUUUUGCAGUUCGGAUUACUGUAAUUUCUGAGGAUUUUUGGUUCAAAUUUGAAGAUCUUCUGAAAUAUCUUUUUUUUUUUUGCAGUCCGGGAUACUGUAGUUUCUAAAGAUUUUUGGUUAGAAAUAUUAGAAUUUGAAGAUCUUCUGAAGGUUUUUCCAAAUUUUUUUGCAGUUCGGGUUACUGUAAUUUCCAAUUUUUCCAGCGUAAUGAGUGAUGUAAAACGUUCACUUUUGGAUAUGUCACCAGGAACAACCAACAACACAAAAAACAAUGGAGAUUUCGACGAAAACGACGACGAAAACGAUGUGAACCAGGAGCAAAUGGAGAAUAACGAGACAUUUGGGGAAUUCUGCACAAGGCAGGCUCAAAAUGUCGUGCAUUUUCUGGUCGAGGACUGGUUUCUGUCGGCUCUCCUAGGAGUUGUGACAGCGGUUCUGUCGGUUGGAAUGGAUGUGGCUAUUGAGAAAUUGCAGCAUGGUGAGAGGGUUUAACAUAAGCAAUAUGUUGCUCAUAUUAAAAAUUUGAUUUUUUUUAAUAUGAGCAAUCUUUGGCAUUUGUUCAAAACAUCGGAAUUUUUCUGAGUGACAAAAAUUAUUAUAUAAGAUGAGCAAUAGUUUUAGAAUUGCUCAUAUUAUAGAAAAAUUGCCCUGAAAAUGCUCGAAACCUCUAAAUUUGAUUUCGUAGCGAAAUUUUGAACAAAAAUAUAACAUGAGCAAUAAUUUCAGAAUUACUCAUUUUAGAAAAAAAUAAAUAAAAAACUCAGAGAAAAUAGGCAUUGCUCAUGUUAUGUAAAAUUAAAAUUUUAUUGUUAGAGUUCAAUUUGAUUGCGUAGCAAAAUUUUGAACAAAAAAAACAAUAGUAUAACAUGAGCAAGAGUUUCAGAAUUGCCCAUAUUAUAGAAAAACAGAUUGCUCAUGUUAUAGAAAUCAGAAAAUGCUAACAUGAGCAAUAGUUCAAAAAUUGCUCAUUUUAUGAAUAGCGUAAUUUUGGAAGAUAAGAAAUUCAGAAAAAAUAGGCAUUGCUCAUUUUAAUACAAAAAAAUUCAAAAAUAAAAAAAAUCUCCAAUUUUGAUUUUUGAACCGGAAACUUGGAAUUUUCCGAUUUUUUGAAGCUCAAAAUCCACGUGUUUUCAAAUUUUUGCGCCAAAAUGAACUUUUUUUUACUGGAAUUCAAAAAAUUCUGAUUUUUGACGUUAAAAAUUGAAAUUUCCCAAAAAUUUCCAACAAAAAAAGCGAAAUUUCGAAAAAAUUUUGGCGCUAAAAUGAACUAAAAAAUUUUUGAAAUUUGACCUGAAACACCCCAUAAAUCAAUGAGAUCAGACUGAAAUUUCUGAAAAAAAUUCCAAAAAAAAAAUUCUGAAAAAAAAUUCCGAAAAAAAUUUCUCAAAAAAAUUUCCCAAAAAAAAUUUUCCAGCACAUGUCACAUUAUACGACAAAUUCAUGGAAAUCUCAUCAUAUUUGGCAUUUGGCCAAUGGGUUGCUCAUAUUGUGAUUCUCACAAUGUUCAGCGCGAUUUUCUGUCAAAUUGUCUCGAAACAGGCAGUCGGUGAGUCGUAGUUAGAUAUGCAGGGGGUAUAGUACCGUAAUCUCAAAAAAAAAAAUGAAUUUCGCAGGCUCUGGAAUUCCGGAGGUCAAAGUCAUUAUGCACGGCUUCAAAAUGGAGAACUAUCUGACGACUCGAACUCUGGUCGCCAAAAUGGUCGGAUUGACAUUGGCGAUGGGUGGAGGACUGCCGAUUGGAAAGGAGGUUCGUGUCGGGGAAAAAAAAAUGACAAAAAAUUUUUCUUGUGAUCCCUGGGGAGGAAUGGAAAUGGGUUAUUUUUCAAUUUGGGAAGCGGAAGGGGGGGUGCUAAAAAUAAAAUGAAAAAAAAUUGAGGUUAACAUGAGCAAUCCCCAAUUGUUUCUGUUGAAGAAGAAGGUUAACAUGAGCAAUUCUAAUGGUUUAAUUAAUAUGAACAAUACACAAAAUGUAAAGCACAAAAUUAAUAUGAGCAAUCUCUUCAAAUUAUAUUUAGCCUGAGCAAUUCUAAUGGUUUAAUUAAUAUGAGCAAUACUCAAAAACCCUUUUCAAAGCACCAAUUUAACAUGAGCAAUCCCCAAUUUUUUUUGUUAAAAGAAAAGUCCUGCUAGCUUAAAAUGAGCAAUCUUUUGAAAUUCUGUUUAAUCUGAGCAAUUCUAAUCUCAGAAAACUUUUUAAAAGCACAAAGUUAAUAUGAGCAAUACUUAACUUUUCCGUCGUUAAAGAAGAAGGUUAACAUGAGCAAUCUAAUCAGAUUUAAUUAUGUUUAAUCUGAGCAAUUCUAAUGGUUUAUUUAAUAUGAGCAAUACCCAGAAAACUUCUUCAAAGCACAAAUUUAACAUGAGCAAUCCCCAAUUUUUUCUGUUUUUCGAAUUCAUGAGCAAUUCUAAUGAGUUAAUUAAUAUGAGCAAUCCACAGGUUUUUCUGUUGAAGAAGAAGGUUAACAUGAGCAAUCUAAUCAGAUUUGACUCUGCUUAACAUGAGCAAUUCUAAUGGUUCAAUUAAUAUGAGCAAUACCCAAAAAUCCUUUUCAAAGCAACAAUUCAAAUUUUAUAAUAAACUGCAGAAUUCAAAAUCCAAAUUUCAAAAAAAAAUUUCUGAAACCAAAUUUCCAGGGACCAUUUGUGCACAUGGGUGCAAUUGUGGCCACACUUCUCUCCAAAAUCACCUCCGCCUGUCAAUAUUCCGCAUUUUUCUCCAACGAAGGUCGCGAAAUGGAAAUGCUAUCAUCGGGUUGCGCCGUCGGAAUCGCAUGCACAUUCUCCGCUCCCAUCGGCGCCGUCCUCUACGCCAUCGAAUCCACCUCCAAAUAUUUCGCCGUCAAAAAUUAUUGGCGAGGAUUCCUGGCUGCCACGUGUUCCGCCAUCAUUUUCCGCUUUGCCAAUUUUUUUGUGACCGACGCGCAAAGCGGAACAAUCACCGCGUUUUAUCAGACCAAUUUUCCAACCGAUUGUUUUUUGAUCGAAGAGUUGCCGAUGUUUUUGUUGUUGGGAUUUAUUAGUGGAUUGAUGGGAUCGCUGUUCAUAUUUCUGCAUCGACAAAUAUCGAUUUUCCGGGCCAGGAAUCGGGUGUAUAAGGCGAUUUUUAGAAAUAAGUUAGUACUGGGCUUCAUGGGGGCUUUUGAAGGCUUCUGGAGGCUUCUAAGGGCUUCUGAGGCUUCUGAGGGCUUCUGGGGGCUUUUGAAGAAUUCUGAAGGCUUCUAAGGGCUUCUAAAGGCUUCUGAGGGCUUCUAGAGGCUUCUGAGGGCUUCUGAGGGCUUCUAGGGGCUUCUGAAGGAUUCUGAAAGCUUCUGAAGGCAUCUCAAGGCUUCUGAGGGCUUCUGAAGGCUUCUCAAGCCUUUUUGGGCUUCUGAAGGCUUCUGAGGGCUUCUGAAGAAUUCUAAAUGCUUCUGAGGGCUUCUGAAGGCUUCUGAGGGCUUUUGAAGGCUUCUGAGGGCUUUUGAAGGCUUCUGAGGGCUUCUGAUGGCUUCUCAAGGCUUCUGAGGGCUACGACUUCAAUUUUUGAGAUGACAAAGAUCCGGGGUUACUGUAGUUUUGAUGAUUUGGGAUUACUGUAGAUUUAAAAAAUAUCAGGAUCUUUGAUUACUGUAGUUUAACGGAUUAUUUUUUGUGGAUAAAAAAAUGGAGCUAAAGUUAGAGUUUCUUUGGUAGAUCAAUAAUUUUUGCAGAAUCCUGAGGACAUACCACGCCCAGGUCCGUGCAUAUGAAAAAUAAAAAUUGGCGGGGUGGUUUUUGAAAAAUUAUUGGCGGUGUGAAAACAAGGUGUUUUUUUUGGAAAAUUCUCAAAAAUUUACUUGAGCAUAUUGGCGCAGUGAAAACAAACUUAUCUAGACCGAAAAAAUCAAAAGGACCAAUUUGGAAGACGAAAAUUACUGACAAUUUUUGAUUUUUGUAUUCUAAUGUAUUGUUUGCAUGCUUUCAUUUGUGAUAUUUUUUUGUUUGAAAUGCACGAUUUUGCUUUUGUCUCUGUUUUGCUUAUUGUAUAUCUCACCUCAACGUUCUCACAAUUUGAAAUCAAUCACUGGUCGAUAAAUUUGCACAAACUUCUGGAUGUUUCUUUUUUACAGAUUUCGACACAUCACAACUUUUCCCUUUAAAUAUGUGUUUUUAUCCCAUUCAAAAACUUCAAGACAAAAAUUAAAAAUAAAUAACAAAUUUCGCUGGAAGUCGAACUCGAACUUUGGUCGUCAGACUGAAAGUCAAAAGAUUAUCCAAUAGACCACACACACACCUGCUAACCGCCUUGUUUGUUUGCCUUGAUAAGUUCGAUGUUUUUGUGUGUACAACAGCGACGUUGUUGUUGCAUGGGAUAUCAGUUUUUGGAGAAUAACUUCAGAAUCAAAGGUCCAAUUCAAUCACAUAUUGUUGUUGGAGAUUCUCCAGUGCCAUAACCAGGUGGAAACAUCAGAAAAUGGAUGAAUAAAGAAGACAAUUUCUGUUCAAAUCAACUUUAAAUUAUUUAUUUUUCAAAACUGAAAAGAACAUGUCCUACGACAUCAAAUCUUCUGUUUCAACAGUGAAUACAUAUCAGAAUGAGCAGAACUUUCAAAUUGACCAAAAAUUUCAGACUGAAACCUUCUCAAACUCAAAUUAUCCUCGACCGUGCAAAUCGAGAUUUCUCAAAAUCAGCUUUUCGACCAUAAAAACCUUAUUUUGGCUCGUAAAGUGAAAGUUAAAAAACGAAUACGUAUUAUUUUUCGCUCGUGCACGUUUUGCGACCGAGAACGAAGCGAUUGGUGCAGUCUGUGUAGGCCUAUUUUAAAAUGUGCGAAAAAACGUGCACGGUCGGGGUUUAUUCUUCAAUGUGCACAUAAAACUGUCCAGUUUUUUGUUUCCACCUGGUAUAGGCCAUUUAGAACCUUAUCUCAUCAAAAAAAAUCAGUCAGAAUGUCGAAAAUAUACCAAACUCUGAAAUUCAGACAAUUCGAGUGCAAAAUAAAAAAUUACGCAGGAGACGGGGGUUGAUCUGGGGUCUUCGGAACAAAACCAGAGCGCGCCUAACCGACUGAGCUACCACACAUUUUGUUGAAGAAGGUGCGAUUGCCAAGAUAUAUUUUAUGUUUUCGGCACUGUAGAAAACAGAUGAUGGCUUUGAGUUUGAUAAUAAAUGUCUUGAAAAUAUGGUUUGUCUCCGUUUUCUGAAAUUUUUCUGAGAAAAAAAGACAACAAUUGAACGAUUUUUUCAAAUGUAUAAGUUUUAUUAGUGGUAAUUGAAAGAAAUAAAUAAUAAUUUUUGAUUAAAAUUCAUUUGAGGUUGGAACUUGAAGUUGAAAUGGGCCGUAGUCGUUUGAAUCUGUAAAAAUUAGUUUGUUCUAGAGCUAAUGAAAAAAAUCCCCUCACUUAGAAAAAAAAUUUUGGCGUCGUGGAUUUCAUCAAAAUUUUGAAAAAACAUUGGCGCCGUGCAUUUGUUAACCCCUGGGCGUGGUAUGCCUGAGGACUUCUGAGGGCUUCUGAAGGCUUCUGGGGCUUCUGAGGGCUUCUGAGGGUUUCUGAGGGCUCUCGGAGGCUUCUGAGGCUUCUGAAGGCUUCUAGGAGGUUCUGAACGAGUCUCAGGGCUUCUGAGGGAUUCUGAAGGCUUCUGGGGGCUUCUGAGGGCUUCAAGGGGUUUCUGAAGGAUUCUGAAACCCUGUAGAUCAAAUUUUCCUUGCAGUUUCCUCGGCUUCACCGUCUUCAUGGCAUUUGUGGUUGGAGUUUUGACAUAUCCCGCCGGUCUUGGUCGAUAUUUCGCGGGUCGUCUAACAUUCCGUGAAACGAUGGCCGAUUUUUUCAACAAUUGCACAUGGUCUCGCAACGAUUCGCGUGCCUGCCCCGAUAAAAUUCUGACACAUUGGACCGGUGGACCAGAUUAUGAUGUGACCAUUUUCACAAGUCUGGUGUUGUAUUAUAUUGUUUAUGUGAGUUGUUUUAAAAAAUCCUCCUACAGUAAUCUACAGUAGCCUCAGAACUCUUAAAAAAAAAUUUCCAGUUCAUUUUGGUGGCAAUUUGUAUAUCGAUCAAUGUUCCCGCUGGUGUUUUUGUGCCAAGUUUUAUCAUUGGAGCUGCUGGUGGAAGACUGAGUGAGUUUCUGGAUCUAGAAGUUAUCCUAACUCUCCCGAUUUUUUUAGUGGGCGAAAUAAUGGUGCAACUAUUCCCAACUGGUAUGCGAGAAGGUGGCCCGCCAAUUCACCCUGGUUUGUACGCGGUGGUUGGCGCCGCCGCGUAUACUGGAGCUGUUACGCAUACGCUGUCUGUUGCGGUGAUUAUUUGUGAGCUGACCGGGCAGUUGUCGCCGAUUUUACCGGUGUUGGUGGGUUUUUUUUCUUGACAAAAAUAUCUAGAGGAAUUUUGAAACAGUGAAAAAUUCGGGAAUUUAUUUUAAUUUUUUUAAUUUUGAAUUUUAUCCACAUGUCAAUGAAAUUAAAAUUCAACUCUGAAAAUUUGUUAUUUUUUUUUUGAAACAGUAAAUUUUUUCCAAAGAAAAAAUUCGGUCAAUUGAACAAUUGAAGCAUUAAAAUAUUAGAAACAAAGAUUGAGAUUUAUUAAAAUUUUGAAACAGUGAAUUAUUUUUCAAAAAAAAAAAACAAAUUUGUGAAAAAUAUUUCCAUGUGGGUUUUUGAUAAUCAUUUUGAAAAUAAUUCUGAAAAUUUAUUAUUUUUUUUUUGAAACAGUGAAUUUUUUCCAAUAAAAAAUUCCGAUCAAUUUUAUUGUGAAGAACUCAAACAGUGAAAGAAUAGAAACCAAGAUUAAUUGUAAGAUUAAUUGAAAAUUUGAAACAGUGAAAUUUUUUCACAAAAAAUCAUAGGAAAUCCAGAAUUUCAAAAUGUAAAAUUUUUCAGAGCAGAAAUAUUUUUAUUUUAAUUUUUAUCUACUACUUAGUAUGCCAAUUAAAUUAAAAUUCAACUCUAAAAAUUCAUUAAGUUUUUGAAACAGUAAAUUUUUUCCAAAAAAAAUUCCGGUCAAUUUUAUUGUGAACAAUUUGAACAGUGAAAUGAUAGAAUCCAUGAUUAAUUGUAAGAUUUAUUAAAUUUUUGAAACAGUGAAUUUUUUUCAACAAAAAAAAAUUUGAGAAAAAUUUUUCCACGUGGAUUUCUGAAAAUCAUAGGAAACCCAGAAUUUCAAAAUUUUUCAAAGCAGAAAAAAUUUUUGAAACAGUGAACUUUUUCCAAAAAAAAAUUCCGGUCAAUUGAAUUGUGAAAAAUCCAAACAUUGAAACAAUAGAAACCAAUAUUAAGAUUUAUUGAAUUUUGAAACAGUGAUUUUUUUUUACAAAAAAUUUUGAUUGUCAUCUACCUUUGUACUGAGAUUGUUAAAUUUUUGAAACAGUGAAUUUUUUCCAAAAAAAAACUCUGGGAAAAAUCCAGAAUUUUAAAAUUUAAAAUUUUUCAAAGCAGAAAUAUUUUUCAUUUGUUUUUCAUUUACUAAUAUAUACUGUCAAUGAAAUUAAAAUUCAACUAUAAUUAUGAAAAUUUAUUGAAAUUUUGAAACAGUAAAUUUUUCCAAACCAAUAUUGCGAUUUUUUGGAAUUUUGAAAUAGUGAAUUUUUUUUUCACAAAAAAACCAAAUUUUCCAGAUCGCAAUGCUAAUGGGAAACGCCGUGUGUAAAUUCCUUCAACCAUCAAUCUACGAAUCAAUAAUCCGCGUCAAAAAAUACCCGUAUCUCCCCGAUCUGCCACCAUCCCGUGUAAGUGUUCACACCGUCAAAGUUGAACAAUUAAUGGUGACCGAUGUAAUCUACAUCACAAAAGAUAUGACAUAUCGUGAAAUGAAGGAGAUUCUCCAACUCGCUCCACAUCUCCGAAGUUUUCCAAUUGUCACAGAUCAUGAGAAUAAAAUAUUGUUGGGAUCAGUGGCGAAACGAUAUUUGACAAUGUUACUUCGCCGACAUGUUCUUGUGAAUCAGCAGGAUUCGAGGAAUAUUGGUAGAAUUACCCCCGCUGAAAUAUUCAAUACAUUGCGAAGAACUUCGAUGAGAUUAUCGCGUAGAAGUCCGUCGCGAAGAUCGAAUAGUUCGGCAAAGGAAUCGGUGCCAGACACAUCGAGAACUGAUAAUAAUUCGGAUUUGGUGGAAUUGGUGUCAGAGCGGACUAUUUCGGGAAACACAUUGUUAUCGAUUUCUCCAUUACAUGCUCCGAAUAAUGUGCCACUUCAGGCUGUUUUUACACGACCACAAUCGGCGGAUAUUGUGAAAAAUGUAGGAUUUUUUUGGGAGGGGGGUUGAUCAUGUUACAGGAAAUUUCAGAGCUUAAUCUUGUUAUGAAUUUUUGUAUAAUAUGAGCAACAGUGUUUUAGAAUUAUAGAUUGCUCAUUUUUUUGAAGAAAAUAAAAAAGAUUGCUCAUAUUAUAGAAAUUUGAAAAAUUCUCAAGAGCUCAAUUUAAUUUUCCGAAAAAUUUGUUGCUCACACUAAAAAGUUAAUUUUUUAAAAAUACUUGGCAUUGCAAUACUAGCCAGCAUUGCUCAUGUUAGAACAAAAUUUAGAAAACUCAGAAAAACAGGCAUUGCUCAUGUUAUAGAAACCUAAAAUGUUCAAAAGCUCAAUUCAAUUCUGAUUUUUAAUAUACACAAUUUUUGAAAAAACGUAUAGCAUGAGCAAUAGUUUCAGCAUUGCUCAUACUAGAACAAAAUAGAAAAAACUCAGAAAAAAUAGGCAUUGCUCAUGUUAUGGAAAAUUAAAAUGUUAGAGCUCAAUUUCAUUGCGUGCCAGAAUUUUGAAAAAAAUUAAACAUGAGCAAUACUAGCCAGCAUUGCUCAUAUUAGAAAAAAUAGAAAAAAAAAACUUGAAAAAAUAGACAUUGCUCAUGUUAUAGAAAAACAAAAAGAAAAUUUUCAAGAGCUCAAUUUAAUUUUGUACCAAAAUUUUGAAAAAAAAAGUAUAACAUGAUAAAUACUAGCCAGCAUUGCUCAUAUUGAAAAAAAUUUUAAAUCAGAAAAAAAAAGGCAUUGCUCAUGUUAUGGAAAAUUUGAAUUUUAGAGCUCAAUUUGAUUGCGUACCAAAAUUUUGAAAAAAUAUAAAAUGAGCACAAGUAGCCAGCAUUGCUCAUAUUAUGAACAGGGUAGUUUCGGAAAGCUUUAGAAAAAAUAGGCAUUGCUCAUUUUAUUUGAAUAUUGCUCAUAUUAUAUCGAUUUUUCCCCAGGAAACCAACGCCGACAUUCUCCUGAACCGCAACAUCGACUUGGACGAAAUCGCCAUCGAUGCAGCCCCUUUCCAACUUGUUCUCGGCUCUUCUCUCUACAAAGUGCACACACUUUUCUCACUUCUCGGUUUAUCUCAUGCCUACGUCACUGAUUGUGGUAAACUUGUUGGAGUUGUUGGGCUCAAAGAGUUGAGAGAUGCUCUGGCGAAUAUUUAUGUGAGAGGAGUUGUGGCGCCGGUGAAACCGGAUAGGAAAUUGACGUCGGGAACUUUUUUGGAUAUGGUGAGUUCUGGGGGGCUUCUGGGGGCUUCUGAAGGCUUCUGAGGGCUUUUGGGGGCUUCUGAAGACUUCUGAAGACUUCUGAAGGCUUCUGAAGGCUUCUAGGGGCUUCUAAGAGCCUCUUAGGGCUUCCAAGGGCUUCUGAGAACUUCUGAAGGCUUCUAAGGGCUUCUGAGGGCUUCUGAGAACUUCUGAAGGCUUCUAAGGGCUUCUAAAGGCUUCUGAAUUCCAAAUUUUUCAGAACAAACAUGCAUCUUCUCAAAACACCGUGACCCCGAAUUCCAACGGCAACGCAAAUCACAUUGAAAUUUCUGUCCAAAAAUUUGGCAACAAUUUGACAGUUCCACCAAUGGCACUUUAA